AUGGCUUCAACAGCAAUACUAUCCUUCUUGCUCUUAUUUUCUUUGAUCACUUUGUCAUUUGCAUUGGACAUGUCAAGUGGACGUAGUAACAAGGAGGUUAUGACCAUGUACCAGAAAUGGUUAAUAAAACACCAAAGAGUAUAUAACGGAUUAGGAGAGAAAGACGAAAGAUUUCAAACAUUUAAAGAUAAUUUAAAAUUCAUUGAUAAGCACAAUGCUGAAAACCACACUUAUAAAGUUGGAUUGAACGAGUUUGCAGAUAUGAGUGAUGAAGAAUAUCGUAUGUAUUUGGGUACAAAGAGUAAUAAUAUUAAAAAUAAGAUCAGCAGUGAACGAUAUGCUUAUAAGACAGAUGAUAAUGAUAUAUUGCCUAAGUCUGUUGAUUGGAGAUGGGCUGUUGGUAGUAUCAAAAACCAAGGAAGUUGUGGAGCUUGUUGGGCGUUUUCUACAGUAGCAGCAAUCGAAGCGAUUAACAAGAUAGUGACAGGGAGUUCUAAGAAUUUGUCUGUACAAGAGCUUGUGGAUUGUGAUAGAAUAAGAAAUAGUGGGUGCGAAGGUGGAUACAUAUACGAAGCCUUGGAGUUCGUUGUGAAUAAUGGUGGGCUUGAUUCAGAGGAAGACUAUCCAUACCAAGAACAAGACGGCACAUGUGACGAAGGAAAAAAAAAUAGCAAGGUAUUGAGCAUUGAUGACUAUGAGCUUGUUCCGAGAUAUAACGAAAAUGCAUUGAAGAGAGCUGUGGCUCAUCAACCUGUCGUCGUUCAGAUUGAGGCUUAUGAAAAUUCUUUCAAACUUUAUAAAUCGGGGGUAUUUACUGGUUAUUGUGGGACAAACUUAGAUCAUGCUGUGGUGGUAGUUGGAUAUGGUUCUGAAAAUGGUGUUGAUUAUUGGUUGGCGACGAACUCAUGGGGAACUAACUGGGGUGAAGAUGGUUACUUUAAGAUUCAGCCCUAUCAAAAAACUCAAAUGCUUGUUACAAGUUCUUGA